AAAUCACUAGUAAAUUCUCAAAUCAAAACCGUCUCGAUAUUCCAAUUUCUUCAAUUCCAACACCUUCAAUUCCUAAUGUUCUAUCUAGUUUAGAUUCAGCUGUUUUGGCCAUUAGUAGUGCUGUCACCAAUGCUGCAAAUACUGCUGCAAAUUCUGUCGGAGAUAUUGCUGCAGUAGCCCUGGGUUUAUUAUCGCAGUUAUUAAGUGCUUUUGACAAUUUUAAACCAAGUCCUGCUAAUGUUUUGGAUGGUGGUAAAGACAUAAUAGAGAUGAACGGAUUUACUUUUGUUUUUCAAUAUAAAGCGUAUUUUAAAAGUUCUAUUGACAGAAUAAAUGUAAAUGAAGUUGAGUCUACUGUUAGGGUGAGAAAUUUAAAUAUUGAAGGAAUUAGAAAAGAAGAAUUUGAUAUAGGAUUUUUGGUCAUUUUAAAAUGCACUCGUGUAAGAAAAAUAGCAUUUCAAAUAGCUG